AUGGCCUCCAGCGGCGGCCGGCCCCGGGGCAGGGGCCGCCUCUCGGCCCGCCUGCUGCUCGCGGGCGCGGCGGUGGGGUGCGCCCGGCUGGCCCUCGGCGGCGUCCUGGCGGCCUUCGCGGGCGUCGCGCCGGCGGCGGCUGGCGAGGGCCCGUCCCGUGCCGAGGCAGUCGUCCGCCGGGCCAAGGGCUUCUCCGACGUCAAAGUCCGGCGCAAGCGCAAGAAGGUUGACGUCGACCAGCUGGUGGCCGACCACGGCGCCGAGAAGGCCAAGGACGUAGAGAUGAUCCUCCGGGGAAAGCCCGCGGCGUGUCCAGAGGACAUGCUGCGGGCACGCUUCUCUGCGAUCAAGGCGCGGGAUGCUACGUUCAUGGCCCGCACCGAGAGGGACGAGACGCGGCAGGGCGUGGACGAGCGCGCCCGCGGCUGGGCGGUGACUUUCGGCAUGGAGGAGAGAGUGAAAGAGCUGGAUGGCGAAGAGCUCAGCAAGGAGCAGAAGGAGCUGCUGACCGCAAAGAGCAUCGAGGUGAAGGAUGCCACGGGCAAGGAGAGGUCGAGUUCGAGAUGA